AUAUCAGAUGGAGAUGAUGAGAAGCCUCCGUCACGUCAACAUUGACCACCUCCACGUCGGUUGGUACCAGUCCACCUACUAUGGCACCUUCGUCAGCCGUGCCCUCCUGGACUCCCAGUUCAGCUACCAGCACGCCAUUGAGGAGUCUGUGGUGCUCAUUUACGAUCCCAUUAAGACUGCUCAGGGCUCGCUGUCGCUCAAGGCUUAUCGACUGACUCCGAAACUGAUGGAAGUCUGCAAGGAAAAAGACUUCUCGGUGGAAGGAUUGAAGAAGGCGAACAUCGCCUAUGAGCACAUGUUUGAAGAGGUUCCUAUCGUCAUCAAGGACUCGCAUCUCAUCAAUGUGCUGAUAUGGGAACUGGACAAGAAGGCGCCUGUAGCUGAGAAGCACGAGCUGCUGAGUCUGUCCAGCAGCAAUCAUCUGGAGAAGAGUCUUCAGCUCCUCAUGGACCGAGUGGAUGAAAUGAGCCAGGAUAUCGUGAAGUACAACACGUUCCUGAGGAACGCCAGCAAGCAGACGCAACAGAAGCACCAGUACGUUCAGAGGCGGCAGCAGGAAAACAUUCAGCGACAGAGCCGCGGAGAGCCGCAGCUGCCCGAAGAAGACGUCAGCAAGCUGUUCAAGCCUCCCCUUCCUCCACCCAGAAUGGAUUCCCUUCUCAUUGCAGGUCAAAUUGACACAUACAUCCAAAAUAUUAAAGAAUUCACCUCUCAGAACCUAGGAAAGCUAUUUAUGGCCGAAGCUUUACAAGACCAGGCCAACUAGCCAAGCCACCAAGCAGAACAACAUUGCCAUGACUUAAUAGCAGCAAAGUUUAUCCAUAAUAUUCAAUAAAAGCGUCUUUUACCAA